AUGGAUUCAGCAAGUUUAUUGCCGCUGCUUGAGCAGUUAGAUGACCAUGUGGAUGAUCUGGAGGAGGUUCUCGAACCCCUCCUGGGUCAAUCCUUGUCAAAGACCUCCAAAAAUUUGCCCGUGAUGGACAAAGCUAAACUUCAUGUCCUCGUCACCUACACACUCGAGUCUCUACUCUUUUGUUAUCUACGACUGUAUGGCGUUGAUGCUAAACAACGUCCCGUGUUCCGGGAGCUCACCCGAGUAAAACAAUACUUUGAGAAGAUCAAGGCCCUAGAAACCGAGCCCGAGCAGCGAAAAAUGACACUUGAUAAGGGGGCUGCAAACAGAUUUGUCAAACAUGGUCUUGCUGGUAAUGAGAAAUACGAUCUGGAGCGAGCGGAAAGAGAGGCCAAGGAGAGGGCACGCGCUUCUUUAAAGGCUGCCAUGAUAGCCAAAAAGAUGGCCGCAGAAGCACAGAACUCCGCAGCCCAAAACGAGGGCGCCUCCAGUGCUGCACCAUCCACCGCACAGUCCACAGCCGAUUCGGACCUCGAUUCCGAGGAAGAAACGAACACCGACGCUCAACCAAGCGGUUCAGACAAAGAGAAAGAAAAAAUCUUAAGGAAAAAGGAACAAAAUACCAAGGCCAAAAGCAAAAAGCCACGAAAGCUCAACAAAGCCGAACGCGACGAUGAGAAGAAAGAGCGACGAAAGAAGAAGGAGAAAUCUCGUAAGGCUAAAAAGACAGCAUGA